AUGACCACGUUGGCCGCCGUCACUGGCCGGGAUCGAAAGGCCGCCCAUCCAGAGGCAAACCGAAUCCUCCAUCGCCCUGAGACUCCACACGCACCGAAUCCAGGCCUGUCCCUCCGCUUGCCGUCCGCAGGUGCUGGAGUUGCCGCUGCAUCGCCUCCGGCCAAGGUGGCCUCGGGGACGAGAGCGAAGGCCGACAAAGGCUUUUGUUUGGGAGUUUCGAGGCACCACAUUUCGUCGUCUAUGGAGGACACAGAGAUAGACACACAGAGAGAGAGAGAGGAGAAGAGGAAGGCUACUGUGUCCUUUCAAGUCUACUGGGCUACCCCCAACGCCCUGUAA